AUCGGUUCCCAAAGCACCUCCCGUUCGAUCCGCCCAGUGGGGAACACUCCCCACCACACACACACACGUGUCUUGGCGCCGGCGCCGCGCAGCCACCCACGCACCCUUGCUCCGCUAUUUCGCCGACCCCUGCGAAGAGAGCUCGGCUGCCUAAGUAAACAUCGCCGAGCUGCUAAUCACAAGGUCUGAAACAAAACAGCACUUCACUUCGGAUCUGGGCAAGAUCAGACCUCCUCCUCCUGCUGCUCUCCUUCGCAUCGGCUAAGGUGGUCCUUGAGAUCGAGCCGCUUCCCUCCCUUCUCUCGCUUUUCCUCCGCGCACCGGGGGAACAGCCGGGGGGUCGGGCACCCAUCUCGGGCUGCAGCCGAGCGCAAGGCUGCGUUGCUUAGUUCCUGGCUUGGCUUUCUCCGGAGACAAGAAGAGGGGAAGAGAGCGCGCGGAGGGGAGGGGGGGGAUCUUUCCCUUGCCCUCGCUUCCAAGCUGCCCAUGCUGCGAUUUUUAUUUCUCUCUCGCCGCCCCAGCCAGAUCUAACCACUGCCUCUUUGUCGAGUCUGCUCCCCCCGCCACCUCCCGCAAAGUUGCUGUCGUCGUCGGGGUUUGAGAGCGCCCCAGGAUGGGGCUUGAUCCUGCAGCCCCUCGCCAGUCUCCCGGGUACUGGCGAGCCUUGCCGCUGCUGGCGUGCGCUUUCCCCUUGGUGACAUUCGCUUCCUUCGCCGACGAGACCUUAGAGAGAGCCCCCAAAUCCGAAGGCUACUGCAGCCGGAUCCUGCGAGCCCAAGGCACGAGGCGAGAGGGAUAUAAUGAAUUUAGCCUCCGCGUGGAAGGCGAUCCGGAUUUCUACAAGCCCGGAAACAGUUACAGAGUAACACUUUCCGCUGCCACUCCAGCUUAUUUUCGUGGCUUCACACUGAUUGCUUUGAAAGAGGGCAAAGAGGGAGAGAAAGAAGAAGACCACGCAGGGACUUUUCAGAUUAUAGAUGAAGAAGAGACACAGUUCAUGAGUAAUUGUCCUGUGGCUGUUACUGAGAGUACACCGAGGAGAAGGACCCGCAUUCAGGUCUUUUGGACGGCGCCUCCUUUGGGCACGGGCUGUGUGAUUUUGAAGGCAAGCAUCGUACAAAAGCGAAUUAUCUAUUUUCAAGAUGAGGGAUCGCUUACCAAGAGGCUGUGUGAACAAGAUUCAGCCAUGAAUGGUGUCACCGAUAAACCAAUCUUAGACUGUUGUGCCUGUGGAACUGCUAAAUAUAGGCUUACGUUUUAUGGUAACUGGUCGGAGAAGUCGCAUCCAAAAGAUUACCCACGGCGAGCUAACCACUGGUCUGCUAUCAUUGGUGGGUCUCAUUCAAAGAACUACGUACUUUGGGAAUAUGGAGGAUAUGCAAGUGAAGGAGUUAAACAAGUUGCAGAGCUUGGAUCACCAGUAAAAAUGGAAGAAGAAAUUCGGCAGCAGAGUGAUGAGGUUUUGACUGUCAUCAAAGCAAAAGCACAAUGGCCUGCCUGGCAACCGCUAAACAUAAGAGCUGCUCCCUCUGCUGAAUUUUCUGUGGACAGAACACGUCAUCUGAUGUCUUUCCUUACCAUGCUAGGCCCCAGUCCUGACUGGAAUGUAGGGCUUUCGGCUGAAGAUCUCUGCACCAAAGACUGCGGAUGGGUCCAGAGAGUAAUUCAAGAUCUGAUACCAUGGGAUGCUGGCACUGACAGUGGUGUUACCUAUGAGUCACCCAACAAACCAACAGUACCUCAAGAGAAGAUAAGGCCUCUCACCAGCCUCGACCACCCCCAGAGUCCCUUUUAUGACCCAGAAGGAGGAUCCAUUAAGUCAGUAGCCAGAGUUGUCAUUGAAAGGAUUGCACGGAAGGGAGAGCAGUGCAAUAUUGUCCCCGAUAACGUUGAUGACAUUGUUGCAGAUCUUGCCGCAGAAGCUCCGGAAGAUGAAGACGACACUCCAGAAACCUGCAUCUAUUCCAACUGGUCCCCAUGGUCAGCCUGUAGCUCUUCCACGUGUGAAAAGGGCAAGCGGAUGAGGCAGAGGAUGCUCAAAGCUCAGCUUGACCUCAGUGUGCCUUGCCCAGAAACGCAGGACUUUCAGCCAUGCAUGGGCCCAGGCUGCAGUGAUGAAGAUGGCUCCACAUGUAUGAUGUCCGAGUGGAUAACGUGGUCCCCCUGCAGCGUCUCUUGUGGCAUGGGAAUGCGGUCGAGAGAAAGAUAUGUGAAGCAGUUCCCUGACGAUGGCUCUAUAUGCAAAGUACCCACAGAAGAGACCGAGAAGUGCAUUGUGAAUGAGGAGUGCUCUCCUAGUACCUGCCUGGUGACGGAAUGGGGGGAGUGGGAUGAAUGCAGUGCCAGCUGUGGGAUGGGAAUGAAGAAACGGCACCGGAUGAUCAAGAUGACCCCAGCAGACGGAUCCAUGUGCAAGGCAGAAACCACGGAAGCCGAGAAAUGCAUGAUGCCCGAAUGCCAUACCAUUCCCUGUAUGCUGUCUCCUUGGUCUGAAUGGAGUGACUGCAGCGUAACAUGUGGGAAGGGGAUGAGGACCCGACAAAGAAUGCUGAAAUCUGCAGCAGAGCUUGGAGACUGCAAUGAGGAGCUGGAGCAAGUAGAAAAGUGCAUGCUGCCCGAGUGCCCCAUUGACUGUGAGUUAACAGAGUGGUCUCAGUGGUCAGAAUGCAACAAAUCUUGUGGGAAAGGCCAUAUGAUCAGGACAAGGAUGAUCAAAAUGGAACCCCAAUUUGGAGGAGCUUCGUGCCCAGAAACUGUACAGCGUAAAAAAUGCCGGAUAAGGAAAUGCUUGAGAAAUCCCAAUAUUGAGAAACGGCGGUGGAAAGAGCCUCGUGAAAAAAGGAGAAGUGAGCAGGCAAAAGAAGAUGUAGAUGGCGAGCAAUUUCCAGGUUGUAAGAUGAAACCAUGGACUGCUUGGUCAGAAUGUACCAAACUGUGUGGGGGUGGAAUCCAGGAGAGGUUCAUGACAGUCAAGAAGAGAUUCAAAAGCACUCAGUUUACUAGUUGCAAAGACAAGAAGGAAUUAAGAGCCUGCAAUGUUCAUCCGUGUUAGCAAAACCUGAGUCUUUCAAAUAAUGCACUCUGAGCUAAAUGUAAAAUCAACCUUGGUUUGAUUUUUUUUUAAAAGAAGAUAUAAAUUGUGUAUAUUAGUUUUCAUUUUUGCAGUGUGGUUUGCUUAUUAGUCUUGCUGGUGCAAGAGAUAUAUUUUAUAAAUAUUUCCUCACAAAUGUAUGCUGAGAGUGGCUCCUUGAUGCUCCAGCUAGCCCUUAAUGCAUAAAAAUAGUGAAGUCAUUGUGAACUCCUAAUAACUUUGAAAUUAUAGACAUCUCUGUGUGAACAUACCAUAAUCAUAGAAAUAUUACCUGUAAAUACACAGGAUGCAUGCAUAAAUUACAUUGCAAACAUAAAUACCUAUUUGGAUCCAGUUUCAAAAUACUCAAAGCAGUGCCUCUGUGAUUACACAACUGUGCCAAGGAAUUUCUUCAAUAAUGCUGGUUCAAUAAUACUUCAGGUGCAUAGUUAUCUUUUUAAAUUUGUAUUUAUAGCAAUCCUGUGAGACAUUUCUUUUUCCUUCGGUAGGGACCGCUACAAAAUAAAGCAUAUUUUCUUCCUUCCCACUUUCAGAAGGGAAAGCAAAUUUAAUCUGUUCACAUGUGAAUAGAACAAAUGGUAACACUUUCUGUCUGAAGGCCACAAAUUAACUGUUGGGCUGCUUCUAAGUAAGAACACUAUUCACAUUUGCCAUGUCAGAUGUUACGUCAGCACAUCCUGUGACCACCAGACAGGAACUUGUGACUGCCAUAAGUUGUGGGACUACAGCUCUGAUCAUCCCUCAAGCUUUGGCCAUUCUGGCUAGGGGGUUGAUGGGAAGUGGAGUCCAGCAGCAUCUGAAAUGCCACAAGUGAGAAGUGGUAAGAUACAGGGAAGUAGGCACUCAAUUGCAUCAGGGAUGGGGAACCUGCGGCACUCCAGAUGUUGCUGCACUCCAUCAGUCCUAGCCAGCCUCACUCAUCUCUGAUUUGGAGAUUAUCCUUGCCUGGGGAUCAGAACCAAACAGAUCUCAGUAGUUUCAGGGGAAGCCAUUGCCUUCUAAGAGUUGGGCUAGCAUAAAUAUACAAGGUGUUGUUUAGAUGCCUGCUGCAGAGGUGAAGGUCCUCAGCAUCAGAGCUUCAAACCUUGCUCUACCAAGUAAUUCCAAGAAGGAAGAAGGGGAAGAAGCUUCUCCGCAUCACUCCCAAAGCAGCUUUUGCUAGUUUCAGUCACAAAGCUUCCAUUUUUCUCUCUCCAUCACCUGGCAGAGGUAUUGUUACCCUGAUGUGAUUGUCACAGGCAGCAUAUAUCAUAUGUUUGUUUCUCCUUAUUCUCUUACUAGCUUUCCAGUAAUGGCUGCCAUAUUUCUGGCAUAUAUUUUCAGAAGAAAGUAACUGUCUUGAGAGACAGUUGUGGUUGUGCUGGUAUUAUAUAUUAGUAUAAAUGCAAAAAGUACAGCUCCAAUAGGAAGUUGGACAGUGGAGUAAGGACCAUUGAAAGGGGGCUGGGGUCAGUAAGUGGGUCCUUAGGAACACCCAUGGAUGAAGCAGAAAGCUCCUACAUUUCUGUCUAAAAUGUGGGACUGCAUUACAGACACAACUAUGGCGUACUGUAACAGGCAAGGCAAAUGCCUUGAAUUAAAUCAUUCACCAUCUCUCUCAUAAAACCCAAUAUUGGCUGGCGUGUGCCAUGGCAGAAAAGCAGGGAAGGGCUGAACUUUUAAGAGCCAAGGUGUAGCUGCAACCUGGGCCCAAAGGAUAGGGAUUCAGUUACCUGCCCCUAAUAUAGCCAGUAUAAUUGUGGAGAACACAACUUGUGUUCAGUGUGCAAAAAUCCAAACUAGAAAAAAAUGCUGAAAAUGCCAGCCGUUCUCUACGUACCUUUACAGAAAUACCUUGUAUGUUCAUGUGUUUCUACUUUCAAUUGCCAAAGCUUCAGAAAGAUACAACAAUGAAAAAGGCAACAACAAACUCUAGAGGUUAUAUAAAUAAUUUUAAGGAGCAAGCUCAAGUCUACCACAAUAAUGAACAAGUGCAUGGAUUAUUAGUAACAUUUUGAUGUACUGGGCAAAUGACUCCCAGUAUUAACGAAGUCUGUAUUCAUCUUGCGUGCAGAGGAAUGUGGGAUUAGUGUGGGAGAGGGAAGAAGCAUGCAUGCAAUGUCAUUUUGCCAGUGUGGCUCAUCUGGUCAUGAGGCUGUAAACAUUUCCGAAAGAUAAGGCAUCGGUGAGUUUCCCUGGAAUGUCAAGAGGUGUAGAGAAAGAUUCAGGUAAUAUAUUAGAGUGUUCUGUAAAUCAUCAGCAGUUAAAAACCACAGUAUAAAAAGGAGGGCAUCUUUCUGCAUUAUCUUCAGUUCUCUAUGCCAAACGUAAUCCUGUACAAGGACAGAGUCCAAAAGGGACUGAGUCAAAUUAGAGAGUCCCCAAAACUAUAAUGAUAUUGUUGCAGGCAGUGGUCUCAGAAUGAAAUGACAUGCAGGGUGAUGCCACCAGCCGUCUAGAGGUAAGGGACCUCCAACUAUUGCAGAAAAGGAAUGAAUUCUGCACACAGCUCCAAAAUUCCACAAGGUUUCAUUUUCAAUUUGUCAUGUAACUGCUGACAUUAAUGAUCUUGUACCCCUUUCAGAGCUGCAGCAUUUAUAAACAGCAGCACAGUGUGUUGGCACCCUAAGGGGAAAAAACACAUUUUAUUGUUUUUGACACAGAGAGAUUCACCUAAGACUGACCGCUGAGCUCUGGGAAAAUGUAAACACCUCUUCCAACAUAAUAUUUGGUGCACUCGGGGUGUCUUUUUGAAAGGGUACCACAGGUUCAUUAUACAUGGAAACUUAAAAGGUCUCAUUUGUAACUAUUCCAGAAAGGAUUCACCUCAGAAGACAUGUGUGGUCAGCUAGAAAUAACAUCACUUUUCUAUGUAUAAUCCAAACUUUGUUUCAGAAUCUGCCAUUUGGGUGUCUGUGGGGUUGCUAAGCAGAAAUCUGAGGAGCUAGGCUCUUAGCUUUUUUACCACAGUCACCAUAGCCACUUUGAAAGAGGUCCUUUAUUCAAGAUAAAUAUAUGUCCUUUCAUUGAAUGCCUCAUAAGAAAAAUUAACGUAAUCUCAAAAGGUUGGCAGUGUUGUUUUUCUAGAGCUAAAGUGCACCUCGCCUCCCAAAUCCUCACUAUAUUCCUUCUCAUAAGCCUUUCCCAUCCCUGUCUCUAUACUCAAGACCCAGAGACACACCAUCUUCACAGUUAGUUCAUUGUGGUUGUGAGUGUCUUCUCAUGUACCAUUUGCACUGAGUAGCCAGUCACUUCCAGUGCAAAGCCACCCAAAGCAAUUGAGGGCCAAUGGGCAAGGAAGGGAAGAACCAGGGAAAAUUCAGGAGGGCCUUCAGCACAGGCGCCGAGCAGAAAUGUCUUGAAAGGGCAAGCACACUUAUGAGUUAAUGCACGAGAUUAGGCUGGUGCUAAUUUUUGUGUCUCUGGUUUUCAGAUAUCUAAGAUUCAAUUAUGUUUUGCUUCAAUGAAUUAUGCAUUAACUUCCUCACAUUAUAUACUUAUUCAGUCAAAAUAUGCAUGAAAUAUGUAACCGCUGGAGUAUGCCCAGUUGCAUUUACUUGCAAAAAAACAAAACACCCUGCAUUAAAAUGUUUUUGAUUCUUCUACGCUGUGCUUGUAUUAAAUGCUAGUAAUUGUCCCAGAAAGAGUGCUGGCUCUACUGAACUCAGUAAGAAUUUCCAUGAACUUAAUGAUUUGACUUUCACUGUCCCCAGUACUUGAUUGACACAGCAGCAGCUCUGUGUAGUUGCUUGUAAUUUCUUUAAUAUCUAAUAGUAUUUUGCUUGGUUGGCUGACUUUUCAAAGGAUUGUGAUUCGAAAGCAUGAAAGAGCUUGCAGCUGAAGAAAAUUUGGUUGUUCUAUCACCUGAUAAUAUAGCUGUCCCAGUCCACAUUGACAAAUUUCUUCUAAUUUGAUCCAAAUAGUGGUGGGAAUCAUUACUUUUUGUAAUAAUGAUAAUGCUUUUUUUAAAAAAGAAAAGAAAUGAAAAAUGAAUGAAAAACAGAACGGCCCCAAUCCAGCUAAUCACUUUUAGUGGAAAUUUAAUUAGGACUACCUUGUUCCAUUGGUUUUAAUGGGACUAAGACUGCAAUGCUAUACACACUUGACCUGGGAGUAAGUCCACUGAAGUCAUGAGACUUACUUCUAGGUAGAGAUGUGUAUGAUUGUGCUGUUAAUCACACCUAAUUUUAGCUUGAUAGAGACUCUUAAGGUUGAUUUUUCUAUUAAAGAAAUGAAUCCCAAAGUGACACAGAAUGCAUAGCAUUAUUGCAAAGUUACUGUAAACCUACUAGUAGUGUAACAUUUGUUGCAAAUCAGCCAACAAUAGACCACACUUCUUAUCUUGUACAAUAAUUCAUGCCUGUUGCACACUCUGGAACCAAAAGCACAGGUAUAGAUCUAGGAAUUUUAUACACCUCACUUACCAUUUAUUAACAUUCUCUGUAUUUCAUUUUCUUACAUAAUCUGUAGAAACUUUACAAGCAAUGAAACAGAAAUGUUAGGGGGCUUAUAUGUACAAUAGGUUUUAAUAAAAGCAACUUGGUUUUUUAAAAAAACAAAAAAGGCCUUUUUGUUUUUAUGUUUUCUUUGUUGUUGGUUCUUUUUUUUUUUUUUUUUUUUUUUUGGUUCACUAUGGAAUUUCUGAGAAAGCUGUCAUGGAUAUAUUUCUUACCAAAGUCUUGUGUAGAUGUUUUGUAUGUAGUUGUCCGGCUAACACAUUAUUAUUUUGGAAUAAAGACAUCUUUACUAUGAAAACAA